CGACAACCAAGAAGAACGACAUCAACGAAGCGAGCGAGCGAGUUGUGCGACCUUUUGCUUGUCGGCUUGGCUGAAGCAGCAGAGAGAGAGGAAGAGAGGAAGUUGGCACCAUGACAUCAUGGCUACAGAGCGUCGUCAAGCAGAUUGACAAGACGCUGGACAUCCAGGAAGAUCCCUCCACGCUGUUCUCAGACAACAAGAAAAACAAAGCCAAAUCACAAGUGCCGUCAGCGUUGCCGCCGGAGCUUGUGCUUGCCGGGGAACCAGAUGACACCCCACCAGAAGACGACGACACCACCGCCAACACGCAGCCAAUUGCUCGAACGAGCAGUAUCAGCAGCAGCAGCAGCUCAGCGCGGGGAAAGUUGGGCCGCACCACCUCACAGCGAGCAACCCCAAAGAAAAAACACUCUGCAGGCAGACUUGGGCGGCGGAGCAAACGCAGCAGCUCAAGGCAGAGCCAAGAUGAGGAGUUUAGCGAUUGGGAUGACGUGUCUGCGCCAGCAGCAGAGCAGCCGGGUGCAGGGGUGAGCGGCAAUGCAAACCCCGCUUCGAGUGCCAACACGGACAGCACAGCCAGCCCGUCGUCUGGAAGCGGCAGCGGCGGCGAUGACAACGACGCCGCCACGUCUGCGCAUCGAGCACAGCCGUUGCCGCAUGGUACAGUUGGCAACGGGCACGCGGGUGCAUCGGACACCUCAUUGGCUGUCUCUGCAGAACAAGGCACGCAAGCCCUGCACCAGCAGCAACGCGAGCAGGCACAAGCAUCAGAGAGCGACAAACUGACCCAGGAGCACAGCGGCCCGGGUCAGGGCCCAGCCGUGCUGGCGGGCGAUGACGAGGACACGAAGCAGGGGCAGGAGCAGGAGGAGCAACACUGUCAUGAGGACAAAUUCGCCACUACCGAAGCUGUGGAGCAGAUGGGCAGUAGCAGCAACAGUGGUGGCAGCAACAGUGGUGGCGGUGUCGCACUGGGAGGGAGACACGUUGGUGGUGCCAAUGAACACGGUCAUGAUGGAGAAGGCAAUGAUGGUGGUGGGGAUGACACACGCAACCAGGAUGCAAGGCAUGGUUCUGCUGUGAAUGACGAUGCUGCUGAAGACGCUACUCGUGGUGAUGACGAUGAUGGUGAUGAUGACGAUGGCGAGGGUGACAGUGAAACGGAGCUUGAGGUGCUUCGUGCGGAGUUCAGCGCGCGCAUGGGCAAGCUGGAGGCGCGGCUGAAGACAGUGAGCAGAGAACGUGAUACGCUCAAGGCAAACUACGAACAGCUGUGGUCUGAGCACGUGCAGUCGAGCGGGCAACACGAGGACGACAUGGCACGGGCACUGGUGGAGAAGGACCAGCAGAUUGCGGCGCUGCUGGCAGAGGGGAAGCAGCUCUCCCAGAAGCAGUUCAACUCCGCCCGCAUCAACAAGGCCCUGCAGAAGAAGAACAAGGAGACAGAGCAGCAGCUGGUGUCUGUCAACAAGAAGCUCUCCCAAGCACAAGCGCGGGUUGUGGAGCUUGAGGAAAAGUUGGCGCAACAGGAAACAAUGCAGCGAAAAUACCAAGAGGAUGCGUCGCAAGUGUCUGCUGUGGCGGCCUCCCAAACGAAGGAGCUGGAGGAAGCAAACGCGCAACUGGCGAAACUUGCAGAACACAACGCCGCCCUGCAGACUGCUCUCAACAAGGCGCAACAGGAUGUGACGCAGCUUGAGCAAGCGAAGUUGGAUGCAGAGGAGAGGGCGCAGCAGGCGACGACAUCCGCCAGCAUAUCCGCACAGCAGACACUCCAGGCGCAACUGCAAGAGAAGGACAAGAUGAUGCAACUGGAACGACGCGAUUACGAAAUGCAGAUUGAUGAUUUGCGCGCGUCUGUGUCGCGCCUGCAAAGCGGACAACAAAACGCAGCUGCAGACUACGAGCAGAGCAUCGCAGAUCUCCGCAACAAACUCCGCAUGAGUGAAGAGCGCGUGCAAGAACUCUCGGAGGGCAUCACCCAGGCCAGCCAACCACUGAUGAAGAGAAUACAGACGCUGCAGGACGCUUCUUCCAAACAACGCGCCUCCCUUGAGGCUGUGAUUGACGACCUUCAGGUGCAGCUUGAAGAGGCGCACGUGCGCGUGGAGGCGGCAGAGGAGCGCGAACGCGAAUUCCAGAUGAAGAACAUGCAGACGCAGGCCAAGCACCGUGCUACAGAGGAGAGCUUGGCCGCUACAAAGGCGGAUAUGACGCGGCUCCGAGCACAACUCGACGCCCUGCAACAAAAGGAGGAAGCGCUGUCGUCGCAGUUAAAGGCGGAAAGCGAGAAAUACGCGUCGCUGCGCGACAAGUACGAGGAGGCGAAUCAGAACUGGCUCGCAGAGCGCACCGUGCUCACAAAGCAGUUGCACGACUGCGAGAGCAAGCGGCAGGCGUUUCAUAUGGAGCUUGAGGCGUUGCGGCGAAGAGAGGAUGCGCAGCGGCGAGAAACAGCAGCACCAGAGCACUCCAUCAUGCCGCCGAGUGACGAGGCAGACCAGGACAUUGAUUGGCUCCAGCUGCAGCGCGACCACGAGGAUCUUGUCAUCCGGCACGAUCGGUUGUUGCAGAUGUACGGGCAGAAGGACGAGGAGUUGCAACAGCUGCAAAUGGACUUUGUGGAUGUGAAGAAGAUGUUCCAGGAGCAGAUCAACACCCUCAUCACGGAGCUUGAGACCCUGCGCUCUUCACAGCCAUCAUCCUCCUCCUCUUGA